AUGAAACGAGUCUUUUAUGUCGAUUCUUUUGCCAUCCGACAAUUUCAAAAUGGUUACAAGGGAGGAACGUUUAUUCCCAUGUCUUGGCAAGCCUUUGAAGAGUACGUGAAUAAAGAAGUCUCAACGGGAAAAUACACAUUGAAAGAUGGUUAUGCUCCUUUUUGUAAACACUUGUUUUUAUUGCAAACUUCGGAAUUUGCAGGUUGUAAGCAGAGUUUUCUUGAAAUUACAAAAGAAAAUGAACAUUUGAUCCGAACGGAAUAUCAACAAAGAAAAGAGAAUGAAUUACCGGUUUUGACUCGAUUUUUCCCUCAGGAAUUAGUGGCAGAUCAAAUUAAAGAAGCAAAAUAUUUGGACAUCAUUCUUUAUUCGAAGGAGCAAAUAUUGAGAGAGGCAGAAGCUAUGAAUGAAAAGAGCGACUAUGAUAAGAGACCUGAAAUUGCAGAUUGUGAAUGGGGAAUUAUUUCGGUCAAAUCUCAAGACGUUGAUUAUGAAUUACCAAUGUCGCCAAUUACAAUGAUGCGUAAUGCAUUGGGUAAAGAGGAAGGAGGAUCAGGUGUACCUUUGAAUCGAGACAAGUAUAUGGAGUCUGUAAAGUUUUGGAAACAAUAUGCCAUUAUUGCUUAA